AGGUGCACCUGUUCAGAUGGGCGCAGCGUUCGUGUCUGGGAACUGGGGAAUGCCGCCGAUUCAUGGUCGCGCCCGCGUCCCGAUACUGUCCCGAACACCGGCCAGCAGCCGAACAACAACACCCCGCAAGGCAGCCAGUCUUCACUCCCACCAUCGAAGAACUCCUCCGUCCCUCUCUCGUCUACGACCCCGCCCGGCCGGUUCCCCAUUUCUCCACCACUGACAUUUUCCAGGUCCUGACCCUCGUUGAGAAGGAAGGCGAUCUCUCCGAGCACCUUUCAAUAGACGCGAUCAAGCGAUCCUUGCCGAAGACCGCCCGGAAGGUCCGUUCCAACACCAAGGCCGCUGGGGACGCUUGCCCGUGGCAUAGACUCGAACACCUCUCCCACGCAUAUGUGAAAUCCAUCGACACCCGCCCUGGCGCCGUGGCACGAGGCUUGGGGAUGGUCUCCGCCGUCCGCAUCUGGAAGCUGGUAUUCCAGAAGGAGCAAUUCAUGUUCCUGAUGCGAGAUUGGCUUCCGUACCGGCACCAGUGGUUCGGAAUCAGGGAUAUUCUCGACUCGCAGAACCCGGCCCGUGGGAAGCCCCGCCAGUGGAACAAGUUCCUCGGCAAGGAAAUCCAGGCUCAGGCGAAUAUCCCGGAGCUCUGGCGCGAGUGGGCGAGAGAUGAACGUCCUGGUACUGUACACCCAAUCCUUGACCACUUGAUUCCUGAAAUCCUCAAAGGGGAGGUGUUCCUAUGCGAUGCCAUACGCCUGGCUCAUUGGUUCUGGAAUGACUACCACACUGUCUCUCGCUUCGGCCUCAAUGCAGCCACUUCCUGCUCGUUGUUGCAUACAGAACCCUCCUUGCCAUCAACCAUGGCAAAAUCAUCCUCACCCUUCCGCCGUAACCAUCAUGCCCAUGCUCCAAGUGUACCUCAAACAGAACCCUCCGAAGAACUACAUUCCACAAGCCUCGCACGGCUGCGUUCUGGCCCCAUGCAUGACCUCGUCGUGGCAGCUGUCCGGCCAUCGCAAAUCUCUCUUCAACGUGACGGAAAUGCUGCCGUUAAACUCAGCUGUCCUGCCUGCACCAGCAAGUACCGCUCCAAGCAGCCCCAGGAGCUCCGGAGGCAGUUGCUCGCUUUCCUGUACUCCCACCACCGGCUCUACAUGGACAGGCUGGGGCGUCCGUUACCCAGCCUCGUUCUACAUCAGAUCAAUCCGGUCUUUAGUCUCUCGGACUAUCACUGGAUCCGAGUCAUUCUGCACCAACAGUUGAAGCCCCCUCGCCCUCCAGCCUUCUUGCUCUCCAGUCGACGUAGUCUUGAUUUGGGUGUGUCAACACGGCGUUCCUGGGCUCCUGCAGAGGUGAAAGUGCACUUGCAGCCCGCUCCGGAGGACUUUCCGCAGCUAACCGGAAAGUCUUCGCCAGACGUCCCACAGGUUACGGCCGUCCUCGUCAGAAGCUGCGAAUCCCUCCCCGUCGCUUACGAGGCCGACAAUUUGUUCGACUUCGUCGAGGCCCGACGUGUGGUGGAGAAACGGCUUCAUCGACACCUUCUACGGCAGGAUGAUCCGAUCCAACAUCCCGGAGGAUUGCGCCUUUGCCGGGGGCAUGAGCGGCGACAUCUCAGUGCAGCCCGAGGCCUGAUGGAUAGCGUGAAUGACCUGUCCAAGACUGGAGCCGGAUUUACACGGAUUCCCAUUCUCAUGGCGAACGCCCGGACUCCGAUUCUGAUUCCGAGCCGCGGGUGGCAGGUUUCCCCUUCGGAUUCGGAAGAGGACAAUUUAACGUUGAACGAGUUCGUCGAGCGGGCGACAGCAAUUGUCACCAGUCGAAACGUCACAGAGGUGCUGCCGUCUAUCGGCGUGCUGGAGCACGUCGAGAAGAUCUCCAUGCCCAUUCUGCCCAAGGCCUCCCAAAAGAAGGCGCAAGGGGGGGUCACUCCGAGACACUAAGUGCUGGAGCACAGCUCCCACGGCUGAUCAUAAUCAAGGCUGCCUGGGAUUGGGAGCUUGACCAAGGAAAUACUCAAGACAUUCAGAGUCCGCCGGCCAUGAUGAACUUGACAGGCACCUCAACGGCCUGACAGCAGCCCCCACAAUUGGGAAGGAUGGUUCGGUAGACUCUACCCCUUUCUUUUCUCCUUUCUCCCAAGACAGGACCUCUUCCUCAUGCUGCGGGUCCAAUUGAUCGAUCUUCGUCUCGCGUAGAUGUCUAGGAUGGAGGAUGACUGGGGUUCCCAUGGG